AUGUACUUUUUCACCGUAUUCGGUGUCCCCCUGUGCGUGCUAGUGUUGUUCAACAGCUGCAUCGUGCACACGAUUGUGCGAGCCCACCAGCAGCGGUGCCACAUGUCCAUCUCGGUGCUCAGGCAGCACCGGCUGGCCGUCAUGAUGAUCAUGAUCGUCGUCGAGUUCUUCGUCUGCAAUUCACUGGCGUUCGUGCUGAACGCCCUCGAGGCCGGCGGAUACUUCAACGGCGUCACCGAGAACAUGGCGCUCUUCUACUUCCUCAUGGACAUCAACAAUCUGCUGAUCGAACUCGAUUCGAGCACCAACUUCAUCGUCUACAUGAUCUUCUGUCGCCAGUUCCAGAAACGCUUUCUGUGCAUCUUCAAGGCUGUCAGACCGCCGCCCAGUGAAUCAGUUACCGUAACGUUCAACAACAGCUCCAGGCGGCUGCUCCUGAAACACCGCAGCGGUCACUAUUUAGUGUUUUGGCCAAGACGGUGCCCGUUCAGGGAUUCCUGA